AUAAACAAAUCAUGCCUGGUCAGUACUUUUAGCUAAUUUAACUAAUCAAAAUAACAUCAUUUUGUAGUCAUGGUCUAGUUUUUAGCUCGCGUAGUAAAGUACACUUUAUACAACACUGCUUCAAUAAAUUUAUUGUUCUCUUUUUUCUUGUGUUUCAAGCGAAUUCGUUUUUUAUAAUUAUAGGAUUUCGCCUCGAUACUGUCAAAAUUUUAGAAUCAGCAAGUGAUAAUUCUUGUGAUAGUAUUAAUAAGUGAUAACUUCAUCUUUUUUCUCAAUGUGCGACGGAGACACAUGCUCAUUUCCUCAAAAACUAGCGUAGUCUACAGUUGAUGCUUGUUGGUGUGUUAAAAAGUGAAACUAAAGUUCUAUCAUAUGAUAUACAUACGUUGGUGUUAUUACUGAACGUUUCGUGUGACAAGGGGCGCGCAUUGCGCAACUCCAAGCAAAAUUCAACAGUGACAGCUGGGUGGUGUGAUAAUCGGUGGUAAUUGUAUGGAGAUUGUGAAAGUACACGUAAAUCUUAAAAGUUGAAAGGAAAUUUUCAAACAGUAAUAUCGCAAUAUAAAAAAAUAUGAAGAAACGAAUGGGUGGUUCGGACGGCAACAGUUCGGCCGAUGAAAGUGGCGCUGAAUCUCAAAGUGCAACCAAUAGCAAUGUUGCCUCCGCAAAAUCAUCAAAACCACGUAAUUCCUCGUCCAUUUCAAAAGAUAAAGGACUAGACGAAUACGCCGAGACGUUCGUCAUUGUAAAUGAACGGCCAGUGGACGACAUUUCGCUUGAUUUCUUUUAUAAACCACAUACAAUAACACUAUUUGCAAUAUCGGUACUAUGUAUGAUGUUCUUUGCCUAUGUCAGAAAUGAAACAAAUAUUGAGGAUAACAUUUGGGCUGGUAUCCUAUGUGCGGUGUUCUUCUUCUUAAUCAUAUCGUUAUUGGCGUUCCCGAACGGUCCAUUCACCCGUCCACAUCCGGCAGUAUGGCGUAUUAUAUUCGGCUGUUCCGUGUUAUAUCUGCUAAUGCUACAAUUUUUCAUGUUCCAAAAUUACAAAACGAUCAUGAAUAUAUUCUAUUGGCUGGAUCCGAAAUUGGAACAUUUCCACAUCAAUAUGGAAAAGGAAUAUGGUGCCAAUUGCUCAGAUUUGAGCUUUGAUCGCAUAUACAGCACAAUCGACGUAUUCGCGUGGGGGCACUUUCUCGGUUGGGCCUUUAAGGCUGUGCUCAUACGCCACGCUGGCAUUUUGUGGGCCAUCUCAGUUAUGUGGGAGAUAACAGAAAUCACUUUCGCGCAUUUGCUGCCAAAUUUCGUUGAGUGUUGGUGGGAUGCGCUCAUCUUGGACGUGCUCAUUUGCAAUGGCCUUGGCAUUUGGGUCGGGUUGAGAAUUUGCAAAGCGCUUGAAAUGCGCGAAUAUAAAUGGGCGAGCAUUAAGGAUAUCUCAACAACUACGGGUAAACUUAAGCGUGUUGUCUUGCAAUUCACACCGGAAAGUUUCACAUCUAUACGAUGGCUGGAUCCAAAAUCGACAGCGAUGCGUUUUGCAGCUGUAUGCCAGCUGGUUAUAUUUUGGCAGGUGACUGAACUGAAUACAUUCUUCCUUAAGCACAUAUUUGAAAUGCCACCAGAUCAUUACCUUGUCGUUGGACGUCUGGUAUUCAUUGGUCUCGUCGUAGCGCCCUCAGUGAGGCAAUACUACACCUACGUGACGGACACGCGUUGCAAGCGUGUUGGCACCCAAUGUUGGGUGUAUGGCGCUAUUAUGGUGUCAGAAGCAAUACUUUGCCUGAAGAAUGGCAAAGAACUGUUCGAACGUACACAAGGCAUUAAUAUUGUCUUGUGGCUAAUUACACAAGUUAUCUUAUCCGUGGCCUUUGUUUACGGUUGCAUGUUGUGGCAUCGUGCGCAAGACAAGUAUAAUAAGUCAACAGAAUCACCGAGCAAAAAGGGCAAAGCACAAAAUGCUGAUAAUUCGCCGAAGCACGAACAAAAAGGCAAGAAAUCACCAAAAAAAUCUCCAAAACGCAACGUGCAGAAAGUUGAAUAAAAUUUAAAACUGAAAUCUAAACAGAGACAAAAACUUAAAUAUAAAAAGAAACACCAAAAACAAAUUUGUUCAUAAAAUACGACUUCGCUUCCCUGUAUAGCAAAAUGUAUGCGUUAAUACAUUAGUAAAGAAAAGAAACAUGAAAUCCGAAUUGUUCACGCAAAUAUUAGUCUUUUUUAAGUGCGUCCAGUAUACAAACUCAUAAUUUUUGCGUUUUUUUCAUUUUUGAAUUACCAAGCUGGGAAGCAAUAAUAUACAUACAAUGCACGCAAAUGGAUGUCUGUACUCAUAAAAGUAAUUGUAAAUCACCUAAAAGCAAGAUGACAAAAAGUUUGUUUGGAAAAAACUAUAUUAAAGUCGGUAUUGACACAAUGAAUGCAAAAAAAAAUCGAAAAAAUGUAAACUAAAAAUAAUUUAAAUGUAAGAUAGGUAUAUAUACAUAUA